AAUACAGAGAACUCCCAGAGGCCGAAACCUUUUAUAAAUAGAUGCAUGCAGCAACUUCAUUUCACAUAGCCAUCAGUCUCACGAAACAUAAAGUAUUCGUAACUCGAUCUCUCGCUGUCUACAAAGCUUACUUCCUUCACUUAAAAUCCUAGCAACUCAUCAUAUAAUUCUAGAUAGAAAAAUGGUAUGCAAAUCAGCUGAGAAAGAGCACCCAAAACAGGCAUUUGGAUGGGCUGCAAGGGACUCUUCUGGUGUCCUUUCCCCCUUCAAUUUCUCCAGAAGGGAAACCGGAGAGAAAGACGUGACAUUCAAAGUGUUGUAUUGUGGGAUAUGCCAUACGGACAUUCAUAUGAUAAAAAAUGAGUGGGGCACUUCUUCCUACCCUAUGGUCCCUGGGCAUGAGAUUGUAGGAGUGGUGACAGAGGUGGGGUGCAAAGUAGAAAAAUUCAAGGUUGGAGACAAAGUGGGCGUGGGUUACAUUGUUGGAUCUUGCCGCUCUUGCGAUAAUUGCAGCAACAAUCUUGAGAAUUACUGUCCACAAAUGAUACUCACUUUCGGUGCUAGUUACUUGGAUGGAACCACCACCUACGGUGGCUACUCUGACCUUAUGGUUGCUGAUGAGCACUUCGUCGUUCUUAUUCCAGAUACCUUUUCUCUUGAUGCUGCUGCUCCUCUCCUAUGUGCUGGGAUAACAGUGUAUAGCCCCUUGAAAUACUAUGGACUAGACAAACCCGGUUUGCAUGUGGGCGUGGUCGGCCUUGGUGGUUUAGGUCAUGUGGCUGUGAAAUUUGCAAAGGCUAUGGGGGUGAAGGUGACAGUGAUCAGCACGUCUUCCAACAAGAAGCAAGAGGCUCUGGAGCAUCUUGGAGCUGACUCAUUUUUGGUUAGCCGUGACCAGGAUCAGAUGAAGGCUGCAACGGGGACAAUGGAUGGUAUAAUUGAUACAGUGUCAGCAAUGCACCCUCUGCUGCCUUUGAUUGAUCUAUUAAAGUCUCAUGGAAAAUUGGUUUUGGUUGGUGCCCCAGAGAAGCCCCUGGAGCUACCAGCCUUUCCCUUGCUCACGGGGAGGAAGAUUGUAGGCGGUAGCAUGGUAGGAGGAAUGAAGGAGACACAAGAUAUGAUUGAUUUUGCAGCAAAACACAAUAUAAAAGCAGAUAUAGAAGUCAUCCCAAUUGAGUAUGUGAACACAGCAAUGGAACGUUUGCUUAAAGGCGAUGUUAGAUAUCGAUUUGUCAUUGAUAUUGGAAAUACUAUCAACUCUGCAGGCAUUUGAAUUAUUUUAUACCUUUAUUAUAUUUGAUGAAUUGCGUAUGAAUUAUGUUCAUAUAUUAACUGGGACUUGAAGCCAUUGUAUCCUGUGUGCACUGCCUCGUUGCGGAACGUCAUGGAAACGAUGCCGUCAUGAGGCAAUAUUUUAUUAUUUUUCAAUAAAGGUCUAUUUUUAACUUUA